UAUUUACGCGCCUCGGACUGUGCCUCUGGGCUGCGUCUUGUGUUCCAGAGACUCGGUCCCAGGAUAUUUAAAUCACUGUGGCGUUAAAUACGUUUUAAUAUCUGAUAGGGCCAGUUUCUGCGCAUUGCACUUUUUUUUCCUUUCAGGAACGUGUUCGGGCCCGCGGCAGGGGGCGGGGUCGCGCCUCCGCCUCGGCUCUGGUUCCAGCCGAGCCUCACCGACGCCGAGAUGGAAAUCCCGAGGCUGCUCCCGGCUCGCGGGACACCACAGGGCGGCGGUGGCGGCGGCGGCGGCUGCUGCCCCGCGGGCGGCGGCGGGGUUCCCCGAGCCCCGGACGCUCUGGCUUGUCAGGCCCCCACGCGCCGCCUCCUACUGCUCCGGGGGGCCCAAGAUGGCGGGCCGGGGCCGCGGAGCGCAGAGGCCCAGAGGGCCUCACGGGGCCUGGGCCCGAGCCUGAACCGGUUGGCGCCGAGGCCGGAUCACAAGAACGGUGGUGGCGGCGGCGGCGGCCGAGGCGGCGGCGGGGGCGGAGGCGGCGGCAGCAGAGGCAGCGGCGGCGGCAGAGGCAGCGGCGGCAGAGGCGGCGGAGCAGGAGGAGGCGGAGGCAGCGGCGGCGGCGGCGGCGGCCGAGGCGGCGGCGGCGACGACUUCUUCCUGUUGCUGCUUGACCCGGUGGGUGGCGAUGUAGAAACAGUGGGCACGGAGCAGGCCGGAGGGCCCGCGUGGAGGGAGGAGGCCAAGGCAGGGCCGGGGCCCGAGCGGCGCCAGGGCGGCUUGACCCCAGCGGGCCGGCCCGAGCCGGGCCCCCGCUGUCUGUCGGCGGUCCCGGUGGCGUCCCCCCCUUCCCGCGGCCGGCCCGGGCCCGGCGGCGGCGGCGGCGGCGGCGGCGCGGCGGCGGCGGCCUUCGCGGGCACCAUCACCAUCCACAACCAGGACUUGCUGCUCCGCUUCGAGAACGGCGUCCUCACCCUGACCACGCCCCCGCUGCCCGCCUGGGAGCCGGGGGUCGCGCCGUUCCCGCAGCCGCAGCAGCACCCGGGGGCGCUGAUCGCCCCGCAGGCCGCCGGGUUUCCGCCCGCCGCCGCCGCCGCCGCCGCCACCGCCACCGCCGCCGCCGGCGGGGCGCAGCUGGGCGACUGCCCCGAGCUGCCACCGGACCUCCUGCUGGCGGAGCCGGCGGAACCAGCGGCCGGCCCGGCGCCUCCGGAGGAGGAGGCCGAGGCCCCGGCCGCCGCCCAGAGCCCCCGCGGGCCUCUGGUCCCGGGCCCUGGCCCGGGCGUGGUGCUGUACCUGUGCCCGGAGGCGCAGUGCGGACAGACCUUCGCCAAGAAGCACCAGCUGAAGGUGCACCUGCUGACGCACAGCAGCAGCCAGGGCCAGCGGCCCUUCAAGUGCCCCCUGAGCGGCUGCGGCUGGACCUUCACCACGUCUUACAAGCUCAAGAGGCACCUGCAGUCGCACGACAAACUGCGGCCAUUCGGCUGCCCGGUGGAGGGCUGCGGCAAGAGCUUCACCACCGUGUACAACCUCAAGGCGCACAUGAAGGGGCACGAGCAGGAGAACUCCUUCAAGUGCGAGGUGUGCGAGGAGAGCUUCCCCACGCAGGCCAAGCUCAGCACCCACCAGCGCAGCCACUUCGAGCCCGAGAGGCCUUACCAGUGUGCGUUUUCUGGCUGCAAGAAGACGUUCAUUACUGUGAGUGCCCUGUUUUCUCACAACCGCGCCCAUUUCAGGGAACAGGAACUCUUUGCCUGCUCUUUCCCUGGCUGCAGCAAGCAGUAUGACAAGGCUUGCAGGCUCAAGAUCCACCUGCGCAGCCACACUGGCGAGAGGCCUUUCCUUUGUGACUUCGAUGGCUGUGGCUGGAACUUCACCAGCAUGUCCAAACUCUUGAGACACAAGAGGAAGCACGAAGACGACCGCAGGUUCACCUGUCCCGUGGAGGGCUGUGGCAAGUCCUUCACCAGGGCGGAGCACCUGAAAGGCCACAGCAUAACCCACCUGGGCACGAAGCCUUUCGUGUGCCCCGUGGAAGGCUGCUGUGCCAGGUUCUCUGCCCGCAGCAGCCUCUACAUCCACUCCAAGAAGCACUUGCAGGACGUGGGGGCGUGGAAAAGCCGGUGCCCGGUCCCCACCUGUAACAAACUCUUCACAUCCAAGCACAGCAUGAAGACCCACAUGACCAAAAGGCACCACCUCAGCCAGGACCUCUUGGCCCAGCUGGAAGCUGCCAACUCUCUCACACCCAGCAGUGAACUCGCCAGCCAGGGGCCGAACGACCUCAGUGGUGCCGAGCUGGUGUCUCUGUUCUCGGACGUGCCUGGCCACAGUUCUGCUGCGGUGCUGGACACGGCCUUGGUCAGCUCUGGCAUCUUGACUAUUGAUGUGGCCUCUGUGAACUCGAGCCUCGCAGGAAGUCUUCCCGCCGCCGAUAGUAACAACAACACCCAUUCCUUAGGGCAAGCGGUGGACCCUCGGGCCCUGAGGGGGGCCCCCGGUGACCUCCCCCAGAGUCUGGACACCUCUCUCUUCUUCGGAACCUCGGUGGCCGGUUACCAGCACAGCCCCUUAGACGUGGACGAUGUCUCCGCUGGGAACGUGGGGCUCUUUGGCUCCUUGGCUCUGAAGAACUCAAGCCUGGAGCCCCAGGCUUUGACCCCCAGCAGUAAGUUAACGGUGGACACGGAAGCUCUGACUCCCUCCAGCACCCUUUGUGAAAACAGUGUCUCCGAGCUACUGACCCCAGCCAAAGCCGAUUGGAACGUGCACCCCGAAUCUGACUUCUUUGGGCACGAGGAAGAAACCCAGUUCGGAUUCUCCCACCCGACAGGAAGCCAUGGGUCUCAGAAAGACACAGAUCUUAUCACGGUGACCGGCACCCCGUUUUUGGUAUGAACCGACUCUGCCUGUUCCCUGCCUGCCCUGUGGCUCACUUUUUAUCACACUCAAAUGUGAGAACGUUCUGGAAAGACUGCUUGCGUUGCUUGCCUGCCUGCAGUUGUUUCUUGCUGCCUUGCAAAGGAACGCAUCUGUGGACUACCGAUUUAGGGAUUUCAAUUCUCAUCUUGAGGCUGGAACUGAUGAGUUCUCUGACUCGGAGCAAGUCUCUUAACCUAGCUGAGCCUUAAUUUUUUCUUUUUACUUAUAAAUAUGAUGGUUGAGGUUAUAUUGCUUCUGUCAUCUUUUCAGCUCUCUAGAGUCUGUAUUAUUUUGUUUUUUUCCUUCAAACUCAUUGGAGCACCACAGUGAUAUGUUCUUUUGUAUAUAAAGUUAAAUUAAACUAUAUAAUAAUGAAUAUAUAA